AUGUUUUCUGGCAACAAUACGACAACCUGUUUUGAACAGGCAUGCAAGGUGCUGACCAGUAUAGGUAAGUGGGGUAAAGUAGAGGGCAUAGAUUCUAGAGUUAUCAGCGUGGAUGCUGCUGUGGUGGCUUUCCGGCGGGGAGAGACAGCGGAUCUCAUGGGCUGUAUUCAAGCUUCAGAACAGCAUGAAGUCAUUGUUUAUGAGGACAGGGGUGAAGACCUCAGUUUCCUCAGAAAAAAGGUCCAGAGUUCACCAAUCGCUGGCUCUUCAAGUGGUUCGGAGCGUCUGCAGCACAGGUAUUCGGAACAAAGUGCUCUACAGCAACAACAACGAAACACCGAAAGACAAAUAAAGAAACAAACUUCACGGACCAACAUGUGGGCAAUAACAUCAGCCAUAUGUACAGCUGCGGGUCUCAUUUCGUCGACUUUCAGAAGGAGUGAAUCCGGCUCCACUCGCGGGGGAGGCGACAGUGCUCGGGUGCAUCUUGCCCAGUCCAGGUCACCGCCAACCAAAGCCGCCAUGGGUCACGUUUCUCCGCCGAAGUUUCGCCAUGCCACCACUCCCAGAGACCACCUCAUAAACGCCUUCCUCGAGUUUGUCGCAGUAAUAGAGGCAACAAAACAAGUUAACUUGCGAACUUGCAAAACGAUCCUGCAGGCAUAUCUGCAGGCGUGGGUGCUAGGCUGGCUGAUGUGUAAGACGGUGCCGUACGUGCAAGGGUUGUCAGUCGCCGCGUCAGUCUACAGUCUCGUCGCAGUUUCACUAGACAGGUUCUUAGCCAUUUGGUGGCCGCUGAAAUGUCAAAUCACCAAACGGCGAGCGAGGAUGAUGAUUGUCUUCAUCUGGAUUUUCGCCAUCAGCGUCACCACACCAUGGGUAUUCUUCUUCGAUUUAGUUGUGGUCUUCGACGAAAGCCCACAUGUCCGGCUAUGCCUUGAUGUCUGGCCAAACCCAAUCAGUGAAGUUCUCUAUUUCGUGAUCGGAAACCUCAUCUUCUGCUACAUACUCCCCAUGGUUCUCAUCACCAUGUGCUACAUUCUCAUCUGGAUUAAAGUUUGGAGAAGAUCAAUCCCCACUGACACCCAAGAUGCUCAGAUGGAAAGAAUGCAACAGAAAUCUAAAGUCAAAGUUGUUAAGAUGCUAGUCGCUGUCGUCAUACUUUUCGUCUUGUCUUGGUUCCCACUGUACCUGAUCUUUGCAAGGAUUAAGCUGGGAGGACCUAUCCAAAAAUGGGAGGAAGAAAUGUUCCCUGUUGUAACACCUCUAGCCCAAUGGCUGGGCGCCUCAAACUCUUGCAUAAAUCCCAUAUUAUAUGCAUUCUUCAAUAAGAAAUAUAGAAAGGGUUUCGUAGCCAUUAUUAAGAGUAGGAAAUGCUGUGGAAGGCUACGCUACUAUGAGACCAUCGCUCUGCAAUCAUCGAGUACAUCGACGAGGAAGUCUUGGCAUUAUAACAAUAACAACCACCCGUCAAUCACUCGACGAUCGCCUCCCGUCGACAAGAACGCAGUGUCGUUCAUAUUCAACCACACGGGAGUGUAAGCGGUCGUGAGGUGUGCUUUGGAUUUCGAAUUAGAGCCUUGGUCGGCUUUGCGUCGGGCACUCGGGCCGUGGGCGGCCACAGCUAGCGACGCGUCUCAGCAUAUCGACACAUACGACAUUUCUAUUGUACGUUUUAAUUUCAACAGUUUGGUGUUGUCUUGUGCGAGAACAGUUAAUGACUUUCAAACUAGCAUAGAGUACUUAAGUGAACAUAAUCAGUGUUUUAAUAAUGCUAGUAGUUGUAACUUGUAACUUUUAUACGUAAGUCGGUUAAAAUGUUUUAAGGAGAUUUUAUUUUUACACUGAUCGUAAUAAUGUUAGGAGCGUAUGGAAACGCACAUCGAGCACAAAAUGUAAAUCGAGUUUUAUAUUUUUUCUUAUUAUAUCUUAUAUACUGAUUAUA